GCUAAAGGGACGCAGCCGCGCGCGGGGUGUUUCCUGCGCUAAAGGGACGCAGCCGCAGUCCGUCUGGUUCCUGUAGAGCAGCUCCUGCUCAGACUGAAGUUAACUGAACCAAAACAACUUAGUUAGAAACUUGCUUCCUGUUGCUGAGGUGUCAUUAUCAGUCACACAGACAGCUCGCAUCGACACGGAGUGGACAAAAUGCCCACGGUCUCUAAAGGAGAUGGAAUGCGUGGACUUGCCGUGUUCAUCUCAGACAUCAGGAACUGUAAAAGUAAAGAGGCAGAAGUGAAGAGGAUAAACAAAGAGCUAGCCAACAUCCGCUCCAAAUUUAAAGGAGACAAGGCUCUGGAUGGAUACAGUAAAAAGAAAUAUGUCUGCAAGCUGCUCUUCAUCUUCCUUCUGGGCCAUGAUAUCGAUUUUGGACACAUGGAGGCCGUCAACCUGCUGAGCUCCAACAAAUACACCGAGAAACAAAUCGGCUACUUGUUCAUCUCAGUGCUGGUGAACUCCAACAGUGACCUCAUCCGUUUGAUCAACAAUGCCAUUAAGAAUGACCUGGCCAGCCGCAAUCCCACCUUCAUGAACCUGGCUCUGCACUGCAUCGCCAAUGUGGGGAGCAGAGAGAUGGCCGAGGCGUUUGCUUCGGAAAUUCCCAGGAUCCUGGUGGCGGGGGACACCAUGGACAGCGUGAAGCAGAGCGCCGCUCUCUGCCUUCUGCGGCUCAACAGGACGUCUCCUGACUUGGUGCCGAUGGGGGAGUGGGCGGCGCGGGUGGUCCACCUGCUCAAUGAUCAGCACCUGGGAGUGGUCACCGCAGCCACCAGCCUCAUCACCACUCUGGCCCAGAAGAGUCCUGAUGACUUCAAAACCUCCGUGUGUCUGGCUGUGGCCAGGCUCAGCAGGAUCGUGACUUCUGCGUCCCUCGACCUGCAGGACUAUACCUACUACUUUGUUGCUGCGCCGUGGCUGUCGGUAAAACUGUUGCGCCUCCUGCAGUGCUACCCUCCCCCCGAGGACGCAGCGCUGCAGAGUCGUCUGACAGAGUGUCUGGAGACCAUCCUCAAUAAGGCUCAGGAGCCGCCCAAAUCUAAGAAGGUACAGCACUCCAACGCCAAAAACGCUGUCCUGUUUGAAGCCAUCGCCCUCAUCAUCCACCAUGACAGCGAACCCAACCUGUUGGUCCGAGCCUGCAACCAGCUGGGCCAUUUCCUGCAGCACAGGGAGACCAACCUCCGUUACCUGGCCUUGGAGAGCAUGUGUACGCUGGCCAGCUCCGAGUUCUCCCACGAGGCUGUGAAGACGCACAUAGAGACUGUCAUCAACGCCCUGAAGACUGAGAGAGACGUGAGCGUCCGCCAGCGGGCCGUUGACCUGCUUUACGCCAUGUGUGACCGCAGCAACUCCAAGCAGAUAGUAGCAGAGAUGCUGAGCUAUUUGGAGACGGCAGACUACUCCAUCAGAGAGGAGAUCGUGCUGAAGGUGGCGAUCCUGGCAGAGAAAUAUGCGGUCGACUACACCUGGUACGUAGACACCAUUCUCAACCUGAUCCGCAUUGCUGGCGACUAUGUGAGUGAAGAGGUGUGGUACCGUGUGAUCCAGAUCGUCAUUAACCAGGACGACGUCCAAGGCUAUGCUGCAAAGACUGUUUUUGAGGCCCUCCAGGCUCCAGCCUGUCAUGAGAAUCUGGUGAAGGUGGGAGGUUACAUUCUUGGGGAGUUUGGAAACUUGAUUGCUGGUGACCCACGGUCCAGCCCUCUGGUCCAGUUCAAUCUUCUACAUUCAAAGUUCCACUUGUGUUCGGUACCAACUCGGGCUCUGCUGCUCUCAGCUUACAUCAAGUUCAUCAACUUGUUCCCGGAGGUUAAAGGCACGAUCCAGGAUGUCCUCCGUUCAGACAGCCAGCUCCGCAACGCUGAUGUGGAGCUACAGCAGCGAGCUGUGGAAUACCUCCGGCUCAGCUGCAUCGCCAGCACAGACAUUCUGGCCACAGUCUUAGAAGAAAUGCCUCCAUUCCCAGAGAGGGAGUCGUCCAUCCUGGCUAAGCUGAAGAAGAAGAAGGGCUCCAGCAAACUGCCUGACAUGGACGAUUCCCGACGGACUGUCAACGGCAACGCCGAACACACUGAGGAGACCCAACCAGCUAGCAAGACGUCUAAUUUCCUGCUGGAAGACCUCAUUUGCACAGACAGACCCCACCCCUCCUCCUGUAGCGCCACCAUGCCCUUCACCCAAACCACGAGUCCCAGCCUCGGCUUUAACGACGCACUGAAUCUAAACUCCACCCCUUCAUCAGGAGCCAGUCUGCUGGUGGACGUCUUCACUGACCUCUCUAAUCCUGCUCCCACAGAAGGGUCAGAUGAGCAUUUUACCAGGUUUGUGUGUAAAAACAACGGUGUCAUCUAUGAGAACCAGCUUCUGCAGAUUGGACUGAAGUCUGAGUACCGUCAGAACCUCGGUCGUAUUUAUGUUUUCUAUGGCAACAAGACGUCCACACAGUUCCUAAGCUUCUCCACGUCGGUGACCAGUAAUGACCUCCUCAGCACUCAGCUGAACGUUCAGGUGAAGCCUGUGGAUCCGCUCAUCGAGGCCGGAGCUCAGCUCCAGCAGAUCCUGAACAUUGAGUGUGUGUCGGAUUUCUCAGAGGCUCCUGUGCUCAACAUUCAGUUCAGAUACGGCGGAACGUUGCAGAACAUCACAGUCAAACUGCCUGUGAUGCUUAAUAAGUUUUUCCAGCCCACUGAGAUGACGUCCCAGGACUUCUUCCAACGUUGGAAGCAGCUCGGAGCCCCUCAACAAGAGGUGCAGAAAAUCUUCAAAGCCAAAAACCAGAUGGAUACAGACGUUGCCAAAGCCAAGCUGUUGGGCUUCGGCGUGGCUCUGCUGGACGGCGUGGAUCCCAAUCCUGCUAACUUCGUCGGGGCUGGAAUCAUCCACACUAAGACCACUCAGGUGGGCUGCCUGCUCAGGCUGGAGCCCAACACACAAGCACAGAUGUACCGCCUCACCCUGCGGACCAGUAAGGAGUCUGUAUCUCAGCGGCUGUGUGAGCUGCUCUCAGAACAGUUUUAGACCCACAUGGAUUCUUUUACACUUUUCUUACUUCACAUCAGAAAUGUCAUAUUGUACAGUGAACGUGUUGUUUUACUUGCUUCUUAUCUGAACUGAUUAGUAUUUAUUUAUUUUUUUGCACAAAGCUCCAUUGAAGCCUGACUGCUUUAAAGCUUCCAGUGUUUGUGUCCCACUGAGCCUCAUCCUGCUGCUGCUUGGUGAUGAGGAGGAGUUUCUGCUUCUGGAGAUCCUCCAUCUUUGUUCUGUGGCGUUAAACUCGGCUGUUACACGAUCGCUCUGCACUCGGUGCCUUAAAGGAACGGAUCACAUCAGAAGCCAGGACAGUUCAACAUUUUUUUAAAACAGGAGGAACGUUUGUUCAGAGAAAAUCCUCAGUUUUGUUUCCUGUUUGGGAAUCUUUGGUGACCCAGAAUAUUUUCUAAUUAUUAAACUAAGACUCAGAUGUUUGUAAAACGGCUUGAGAUCAAACAAGAUGGAGGCCUGUUUCUCUAUGGGAUCAAUAAUUAUUAAAAAAAUUCAGACUUUUUGAA